AUGGCCAGUCUUGAGGAUUCCCCCCCAGAAGAUGCGACCAGUCUUCCGCUGGCGUUAAAUGUACAAGCCGAGGACAACAAAUUUCAAAAGGCAAUUUCCGCCUGGCGGAAUAUUGACUUGACAUCUUUGAUUCCUAGCCUGGAUAACACUGCUUCGGAAAUUGUACAGUAUCAGCGGGACUCGACGACCCAGCGAAAAGACUUAGCGCAGAAGACCAAAGACUUUAGGAAGCUUGAUGAUGCUGGAAAGCUGGCUGAAGUAAAGGGAUUGCUCAAGGCGUACCAAACAUUCAUCGAUUUGCUCACCAACCACUCAAAGUCAACCAAUUCCGCCUUUCUCCAGGUCUAUUCAUCGCUUUCGGAAGCACCCGAUCCAUACCCUCUGCUUGAAGCUUCUGUCGAUUCGCUCCUUUUGUCUGAAGAUACCUUACCGAAAGUUACUCAAGAAAACGAACAUCUGCAGAAAAAUAUCAGCAAGCUCACAUCGCAAUUGGAGGAGACAGAGUCCCGGUUAGCAACAGAGAGAAGUGCGCGCAAGGUCUUGGAAGAUGGAUUGGAAUCUCGAGUUAAGGAUGUUGAGAGCUCCUGGGCAGCCGUGCUUGAGGAGAAGAAAGAUAAUUGGGAAGCGAAGGAGAAGCUCUUGGAGGACAAAGUUGAAUCACAGGACCGCCUACUGAGCGAAAUAAAAGCUAGUUACGAGGUCACCCAACGACUUGGCCAAGCAGAUAAUGACGAGGAUGGCAAUGGACGAGGGCAUGUCACGAGUGCUGAAUUGGAAAUGGUAAACUCGGAUCUCGAGAGAACGAGUGUACGCUUGGCCGAAGUGGAAUCGCGCAACGAACAACUUCGUAUGGAAUUGGCGCAGGCAGCGUCUCAGCUCCCAAGCCAGCCAGCAAUCAAUUUGGAGGAUGAUCCUGGGUUCAUGCGAAUGCGAUCUGAGAACUCGUCGCUUUUGAGGAAAUUGGAUGCUGCUCGGGUUGAGAAAGAUACUAGGAAAAGAGAGCUAGACGGCAAGCUACGAUCUCUUGAGAGGGAGACAGGGUUACUAAAGGAGGAACGGAAUGCCCUCAAAGCAAAGAUCCACAAGUGGAAUGAUUACGAUGAUAUCAAGCAGGAGCUGGAAGUGCUGAAGAGUAUAGAAUUCUCCACAGGGGAUGAUGAAGAAGGAGACGGAAUAAUGACUGCGAGACUAAACAACCCAGAAAAUCUCGAUGAUUCGGCACUCGCACGACCGAAAGGCGAAACUCUAGAGCAAUUGCUCUUGGCUCGAAACAAGAAGUUGAGUGACGAAUUGACGAUUCUGCGCGUGUCUCACCAAGACCUUCAAAACAGGCUCCAGUCAAUGGAGGAGGACUUGUCUCGCACUCGAGAUGACCUCCAGAAAGCCCAGCAUCUAAAUUCGACACUAGAAAAUGACCUGGUCAAUGUGCAACAGGAUACCGCCAGUGCGUACCCGUCCGAGGCGUCAGUUGCGGGUACAUACGCUAGUCGAUAUCCUCAGUCUGCGGCAAAUCAUCUAUUGGGAGGCCGUAAAAAGCAAAUUUCCCCAACGUCUUCUAUCAUCUCGGGCUUCGACCCAAGGUCGCAGGCAUCCUUAGGUACAACCUCCCUUGAAGCCCUGAGAUCUGGUGAACCCGUUGGUGGGGGGUCUGGGAUUCUUCCCAUGAUUACUGCUCAGCGUGAUCGAUUUAAGCAGAGAAAUACUCAGCUCGAAAACGAGCUUUCAGAAGUCCAUCGGACAUUGUCGUCAUUGCGACAAGAAGUUGCCUCUCUGCAAAAGGACAAUCUUAACCUUUACGAGAAGACCAGAUAUGUAUCGACUUAUAAUCGCGGAGGUCAACCAGCUUCAUCUGCAUCGUCAUAUGCCACUAAUCCCAACCCGUCCACAGUCCAGAUGUCUUCUACCAGCUCAUCAGGUCUAGCAUUGGAUCGUUAUAGGUCAGCGUACGAAUCCAACAUCUCGCCAUUCGCUGCUUUCAGAGGUCGAGAAUCGACGCGGGCCUACAAACGCAUGAGCCUGCCCGAACGUGUGGUCUAUUCAAUUACAAGAAUGGUGUUAGCAACACGCUCGAGUCGCAAUCUGUUUGCUGGGUAUUGUCUUGCCUUGCAUGUUCUUGUCUUUUUCUCCUUGUACUACACCAUGAGCGUUGAUGAUUCUCACGGAACUCACGUGGCUGCGGCUGCUGCCGCUGCAGGGCCGCUGAAUACUGCCAAAGACAAUGAUUGGCAUCAAGACCGGUUUAGCGGCCAGGACUGA